CAUUUUGAUUUUUGCCUUAGAUGCGUGCGGUAAACUGAUUUUGUGCUGCGAAGAAAAAAUACGAAAACUUUAAAAAAAUUUCCUUUGAUUGCAUUUAACCUGUCGGCGCAGUUUGAAAAAAAAAAAAAAAACAAAAAUGAUAAGUACAAGUGUUUUGUUGAGUGUUAUUUUGAUUUUAUGGAUAUAUUUCCUGUGGUCUCGGCGUCAAUAUUACAUAGUUGCAUGGAAAUUACCUGGUCCAAUAGGAUUACCAUUUUUGGGCGUUGGAUUAAAUAUGACAAAUCCUGAGAAAUUCCUUUCAUAUCUGACUACAAUAACCAAUAAUUACUCAAGCCCUUGUAUUUCGUGGAUGGGUUCAAAAUGCUUUCUGUAUGCCGCUGAUCCCGAAACAAUUGAAACAGUUUUUAACUCACCAAAUUGUACGAAUAAAGGAGAUUUUUACAGAUUUAUGGCAGCUUCAAUUGGUGAUGGUUUAUUUACAUCGAGCAGCCCUCGAUGGAAUAAACAUCGUAAGCUCAUCAAUCCAGCUUUCAGCAGACAAAUCAUAAAUAAUUUUCUACCAAUUUUCGAUUCGGCUGCAAAUAUUUUACUAGAAAAAUUCCAAACUUGCGGUGAUCAAAAACAGGAUAUCUACGAUCUACUCAAGAAAUGUGUUUUACAAACAGCUUGUCAAACAACCAUGGGCAAAAAAAUGGAAAUUCAGAAUGAUAAAUCUUCAGAGGCGGUCUUCAAAUCUUACAAAAACAUUAUGGAUGUUUCAGUUCAGCGUAUGCUUUCUCCAUGGUUAUAUCCUGAUGUAUUUUAUAAAGUCUCUUCAUUAUAUACAACAGAACGGAAUACUGUCAAGAUUUUAUAUGAUUUUAUAGAAGGACUCCUUCAUUUUAAAAAACCAUCAACCGAAAGCGAAACAGUUUUGAAAUCGGAAUUGGAGAGUGACAAUUUAAGCAGAAAAUCAAAGAGUAUUUUUGUAGAGCAAGUUCGAAACUAUGUUGAACAAGGUCAGCUAACUUGGGAAGAUAUUCGAGAUGAGGCAAAUGUCAUCAUAGCAGCGACCUUUGAAACAACAUCAACAGCUUUAUACUUUGUAACAUUGUGUUUAGCAAUUCAUCCCGAAUACCAAGAGAAAUUGUUCGAAGAACUUGUGUCAAUAUUUCCUGAAAAACAAUUUGAAAUUACCAAAGAAGACUUGGAACAAAUGACCUACACGGAAAUGGUUAUCAACGAAGGAAUGCGUUUGUUUUCACCUGUUCCCGUUGUGAUUCGAACUGCUUCCGAUGAUUUCUAUUUGAAAAAUGGAGUUAAAAUUCCAAAGGGAACUCAAGUUGGUAUUGAUAUUUUUAACAUGCAACGGAAUUCCAAAUUCUGGGGACCAAAAGCAAUGGAAUAUGAUCCAGAUCAUUUCAGCGAAGAAAAUAUGAGCAUUCGACAUCCUUUUGCCUUUGUUCCCUUUACAAAGGGCUUGAGAAUGUGCAUUGGCAAUCGUUAUGCUUUGCUAUUGAUGAAAGUUUUGAUAGCAAAGAUUUUUCGAAACUUUGAAAUACGUGCAGAUGCUAAAAUUGAAGAUCUGAUAAUAAAAGGAACUAUAUCGCUAAAAUUGAGACAUUAUCCUGAGUGCACUAUUCAGGAACGAGUGCUUUAAAAAUUUUUAUUUUUUAUUUUUU